AUGGCCGUCUGGCUCAAGGCCGCGCCGAUCCUGACAGGAUCGCUCUUGCGCGCGCCGAUCGGUGUGGUCACCGAUCGCCUGGGCGCCAGGCAGGGGGUCGCGCUGGGGAUCUUUGGCUUCGGGACCGCGGGCACCGCGUUCUCGACGCUGUUGAUGCCGCUGCUGCUGGAGCAGCUCGGCUGGAGAGACUCCUUUCGCGUCUACGCCGUGCUGCUCGCCGCGAGCGCGGUGGCGUACUGGUUUGGCGUGCGCGAUGUCGAGCGCCAGGGGGUAUCACCGUCGCUAAAAUCACUGCUCAGUCCGAUCCUCGAUCGUCGCACGUGGGCGUUUGGCAUCUAUUAUAUGGCGACCUUUGGCGUGUUCGUCGCGGGCGCGCUCUGCUUUGGCGACCUCUACAUCGAGCGCUACGGCGUGGGGAUGAAGACGGCCGGGAUCAUGGCGACCUCGUUCACGCUGACCGCCGCCGCUUCGCGCGUUCCGGGCGGGAGCCUCUCGGAUAAGUUUGGCGCCAGACCUGUCCUGGGCAUUUCUUUGCUGCUGACGGCGUUGUUUAUGGCGCCCGUGCUGCUCACGCUGCCGCUCUGGCCGACGGUGACCUUGAUCUUCCUCUCGGCGAUCGCGAUGGGGAUCGGCAUGGGCGCGACCUACAAAUACAUCCCGGAGUGCUUCCCCGAGAAUGUGGGCGCUGUGGGAGGUCUGGUCGGGGCGAUGGGCGGCGUGGCGGGGUUCUUCUUGCCGCUGCUCGGGAGCGUCUCGAAGUCGACCUUCGGCUCCCAGGUCGCCGAGCUGUUCCCGUUGUUCGCGAUGAUCCUUUGCGCGGUGCUCGUUUUGGUGCUCUCGAAACCUCGCAGAGAGGCCGCGUGA